AUGCCGCAGAAAUCGCAUCUCCCCGGGCACCUCGAUAGCCUCCGCACCAAGACCCGACCGCGUCACCAAUUGCUCGUGCUGAAGUGUUAUCCGAGAUUGCCAAAGAACGCGACAGCCGACGUCAGACCCAACAGUUCCGAGCUGUCAUACCUGAUUUAUUAUUGUUCGUCGCGCCAGGAAAAGCUGCCCAAGGUCGGGAUCUAUCUUCAGAAGAGCAUUGCGACCGAUGUACAUCGCUGGCAGAGCGCGCGAGUACACGUAACACUACAAAUCUUGACGGCGUUCUUGGAACACAAGGAGAUUGGAGGCCGUGCGAGCGGUUUCACCCUCUUCGCACCAUAUGUGAGUAUCACACCCUAUCUCAGCAUGGGACGUGUGGGACUGACGCAUGGAAGGUACUGCGCAUAAUUCGAGAGAUAAUCAACAACACCAACGAUAUUAGUCUUGUGGAGGCCACAACUAGCACUUGGGACGCCUUCUGUCAGCAUCAGGACGUUGGGAGCUUGGCCGCCGAUGCCGAGUAUCGCGCGCUCUACGAAGAAAUCGUUCGUCUCUAUGCGGAUCUCGCCCGGAAUAGCUCGAAGAAACUGGGCGGGUCGACACAACUGGUCGCGCAUCACGAUGCCACCCGCCUUCGCAAGGCUGGAGUUGCUGCAAUUAAGAGUAUCUUCGUCCCGACCGAAUUGGAUCGCCAGUGGAACCGUGCUUUCGAUUCCACGUUCGCGGCGGUCCUGAGUAAUCUGCAUCGCGACCUGCAAGCGAACGAAGAGCCGCAAGAUUAUGUAGAGCAUCUUAUUGCUCUCAACGCGAAAAAUGAGCAAGAAGAAGAGCAAGUCAGUGCGGUCAAUCGCAGACAAAGUAUAGCCACAGUCCGUACAUUUUCUGGCCUAGCCGAUGAACAAGACCCGGACCCUAGAGCCGCCGAAGGCACUGCGCAAGAUGCUGAUCGUCUCGCGGAAGAAGAGGUUGGCCUCUUGGCCUUGGAUUGCAUCAAGACAGUCUUCUCUUCGCAAAACCGCGCACAGGCUCGAGGUGGCGCUGAGGCGUUCAUGCGCUAUGUCGCCGAAAAAGAACAACGCUACAUUGCAACGAAUAAACCCGUCACCAUUGAACCCUGGGCCGCGGAGCUCUUCCGCCUAAUAAUAUCUUGGACACCAGUACAGGUAAGAGAUGACUGUUAAAGACAUUGAGAGCACAGAGUCUAAUUUAUGCUAGGAUCGAUUCAUCUUCAUUGUCACGGCAGUAGAAUUUCUAGUCCGAUUUCCCAUGGAAAGCUCUCAAAGCUUCAGGGUCGCCGCCGUCUAUGCAAAGAGCAUACUCGACGUCUUGCGCUCAGACUUAAAUCUGAUCGGGCUUUCAGUCAUCGAUAUCCUGCUUGGUUUGAUCCAUAUGACAGUACGGACCAUCGCCAUUGCACGCGCCAAAACGACCGAUGCCCCAAUCAACCGGAUCACGACCGCGGCAUCCAAGACUGGCGCAGCAGAGGAACUGAUACCGUACUUCAAAGCGUGCAUUGCCAACUUGGCCCGGCACGUCUAUUAUUCGGAUCAAGUUACGGAUCUGAUAUCGUUCAUACUCCUGCGGGUCAAGCCGGAUGCCGAGACGACAGCAACAGAACCUUCAUCAGAGAGGGAGCGUCCAGCUACAAUGACGGCAGCCACGAACCCCAAGGUAUCAGCAAGUGACGUCGCAUCUGCUGCCGGGCGACCGCACACUCAGGGCACGCCGACGAGUUCAACGGGGACAUUCGCUACGGAAGAUGGUCGCCAAAUUGCCCUCGAGAUCAUAAAGGACAUCAUUGACAUCGCCAAGUCGACGCAGCAAUACUCUACCGGCUCCGUCGUGAUAACGCGCAACCGCGUUCCCCUUGGUGUCUGGGAAGGGAGCCAGUGGCUCCUCCGCGAUCCCUCCCACGACGUGCGCAGAGCCUACAAGACCGCCCUCCUCGAAUGGGUGCGCUUCGAAUCCGACGAAGGCGACGAAGCCCUCAUCGACUUCGAAGCAGACGACUGUAUCGAAAAACUUGCGGAGAAGAAGAAGCCCGCGGCGUCUUUGCACGGUAGUAUCGGGCAGAGUCACCGGAGCGCACAUCCGCAAUUGUUGAUGUUACCUACGAAUGGAGCGGCAGGGGAGAGGAGGAUGAGUUCGGGGAAGAAUUCGAGUAACGGGACGGAGCCUGAUGCUACGAAGCCGAGGGUGAGGGCGAGUGAUUUGAAGGAGAUCAUUGAUGGGAAGAGAUUCGUGGCGCCGGUCAAGAGUGGUGGUGGAGAGGAGCAGCCGUUGGACGUCAAGGCCUUGUUGGCGACGAUUAAGAUUGAUCCGUCGAGGAAUCAGGGCCUGUCGAUGGCGCCGCCUUAUUAG